UUUGUCAACAACACAACGGAGUCUCUUCCAAACACUGGUAUGGCUGCUGCAAACUAUCUGCCAUCUGAAGAUCAGUUCCUGUGCUCCGUCUGUCUGGAUGUGUUCACUGAUCCAGUCACCACACCAUGUGGACACAACUUCUGCAAGAAGUGCAUCAAUGAUUACUGGGAUACCAACAACCAGAACAUGUGUCCAAUGUGUAAAAAGGUUUUCAUCUCCAGACCUGAGCUGCUCGUCAACACCUUGUUCUCUGAGAUGGUUUCUCAGUUCAGACAGUCGGCUCAACAGAAAGCCAGCAGCAGCAGCUCAGAGCAACAAGAGUCCAAACCAGGAGAAGUUCCCUGUGACGUCUGCACUGGAACCAAACUGAAGGCCCUGAAGUCCUGCCUGGUGUGUCUGGCCUCCUACUGUGAGACUCACCUGGAGCCUCAUCUGACAAUGUCAGGCCUGAAGAGACAUCAGCUGAUGGACCCUGUGGAGAACCUGGAAGACAGGAUGUGUACGAAGCACGAUAAACCUCUGGAGCUGUUCUGUAAGACCGACCAGACGUGUGUCUGCAUGCUCUGCAUUGUGUUAGACCACAAGAUGCACAAGUUUGUUCCUCUGAAGGAAGGAUAUGAAGGAAAGAAGGUCGAGCUGGAGAAGACAGAGGCUGAACUUCAGGAGAUGAUCCAGAAGAGACGACUAAAGAUUCAAGAGAUCAAACAAUCAGUCAACCUCAGUGAGGAAGAUGCAGACAGAGAGAUAGUAGAAGGUGUUCUGGUCUUCACUGCUCUGAUGGAGUCUAUUGAGAGAAAACUGAACGAGCUUAACGCCACGAUCAAAGCAAAGCAGAAAAAAAAAGAAAAACAGGCCGAAGCCUUCAUCAAAGUGCUGGAAAGGGAAAUCUCUGAGCUGAUGAAGAGAAGCACUGAGGUGGAGAAGCUCUCCCUCUCUGAAGACCACCUCCACCUCCUCCAGAGUGUCCAGGCCCUAAACAUCCACCAUCCACCACCCACCAAGGACUGGUCUGAGGUCAGUGUUCCUCCAGCAUCAUAUGAGGGGACUGUGAGGAGAGCUGUGUCUCAGCUGGAGGAGACUCUCAGUAAAAAGAUGAAGAAGCUGUUUAAAGUUGAGCUGAAGAGGGUCCAGAUGUUUGCAGUCGAUGUGACUCUUGAUCCUCAAACAGCUCAUCCUGAACUCAUCUUGUCCGAUGACGGGAAACAAGUGAAACAUGAUGAUGUGAAGAAGAAUCUCCCAAACAACCCAGAGAGAUUUUCUUAUUGUAACUGUGUCUUAGCAAAUCAGAGUUUCUCUUCAGGCAGAUUUUACUUUGAGGUUCAAGUUAAAGGAAAGACUGAAUGGGAUUUAGGAGUGGUCAGAGAGUCGAUCAACAGGAAGGGACCAAUCACACUGAGCCCUAAAGAUGGUUGUUGGGUUAUAUGGUUGGAAAAUGGAAAUGAGUAUGAAGCUCUUGAUGCACCGUAUUCAGUCAGUCUCUCCCUGAAGUCUGGUCCUCAGAAGGUGGGGGUGUUUGUGGACUAUGAGGAGGGUCUGGUCUCCUUCUAUGACGUAGAAGCUGCAGCUCUCAUCUACUCCUUUACUGGCUGCUCCUUCAAGGAGAAACUCCUCCCAUACUUCAGUCCUGAUAGUAAUGACGGUGGUAAAAACUCUGCACCUCUGAUCAUCUCUCCUGUCAGAGGUCGCUGGGGUGCACCGCUGAUCCCAGCUGUAAUCGGGCGAGAGGCUGGGUACGCCACGGACAGGGGGGAGCCAGUUCAUUACAGGGGGGGCCCGGGGAGAAGCUAGAGGACUCGGAAAAUAAUCUUGCCGAGACAACCGCCCCGCUGAGCCAGCCGAACAUCACAUUUGGCACGUUGAAUUUUAAGUAGAUAAAGAAAAAAUAUUCUUUUUUGAUGUGCUCAAUUUAAGAGAAAGGGCUUUUACGUUCCCUAUGGUGUCUUUUACAUUCCUUAUGGUGUUAAUUAAUUAAGUUAGUUAAUUAAGUUAAUCAAUAGAAUUGAUGGCAAGAGUAUUUUCUGUUUGGUUGAUUGUUUUAAAUGUUGUUUUGUUUUGUUUAUAUGUUGGGGGGGGGUUAUGCUGUAUGGAUUGUAAAGCCCUCUGAGGCAAAUGUGUGAUACAAAGAGAUGGAAUUGAAAUGAUUUGAGCACCAAACACUGGUGGACGGGUGGCCAGUCGAGGCGUGGCGGCAUCGGGAACACCCCCCAUAAAUAUAGAGCGCCGUCAGUGAGACUGAAACCCCCCCCCCCCCCCGUUUCGGGACAUCAAACCAGACACCUCCGCCAAAUACCCCCGUGAGGUUUUGGUGAGAGCCGAGACGCCCUGAGAGCAUGUCGCUGUGAUGUCUCGCGACAGGGGCGAGGCCCCAGAAUCUGCCGCAGAAAGCAGAGACACCUGCGUGAACCACCGCG